UACAUUACACAUCAGUUUCUAACAGCAUUUCAGUUGUGUUUUCAUGGCUCCAGUGCCUAGUUUUCCCAUUAAUGUUGGACAUAUUGAUGACGUCCAAGAACUGAGAAAGACCAAACCAACACAAAUCCCUCAAAGAUUUGUCCGAGACAUGUCAGAGAGACCGAAACUAGCCGCGAUCGUUCCAUCACCUAACGACAUUCCCAUUAUCGAUCUUUCUAAGCUUGUGGGAAGUGAUAGAGAUGAACAAGAAAGACAUAUCGAGCAACUCAAGAUCGCCUGUGAGGAAUGGGGAUUUUUUCAGGUUGUGAAUCAUGGGAUCCACCCGAGUGUGACCGAAAACAUCGAAAAAGUAGCCAAAGAUUUCUUCAUGUUACCUUUAGAGGAAAAACAAAAGUACCCAAUGGCACCAGGGACAGUUCAGGGCUAUGGUCAAGCCUUUGUUUUCUCAGAGAACCAGAAGCUGGAUUGGUGUAACAUGUUUGCCCUUGGUGUUGAGCCACCUUGUAUAAGAAACCAGAAGCUCUGGCCAUCGAAACCGGCAAACUUUGGAGAAACUUUGGAAAUUUAUUCAAGAGAAAUCAGGCAACUUUGCAAGAAUAUUUUGAGGUAUAUAUCAAUGAGCCUAGACUUAAAAGGGGAUGUCUUUGAAGAAAUGUUCGGAGUGGCGGUUCAAGCGGCGAGGAUGAACUACUAUCCUCCGUGUUCGAGACCCGACCUUGUUUUAGGCCUUAGCCCACAUUCAGAUGGGAGUGCCAUUACAGUGUUGCAGCAGGGAAAGGGUAGCUCAGUAGGACUUCAAAUUCUGCAAGACGGAAAAUGGGUGCCAGUUCAGCCUAUUCCGAAUGCACUCGUGAUCAACAUCGGAGACACUAUCGAAGUUCUUACAAAUGGAAGAUACAAAAGUGUGGAACACAGAGCCGUGACUCACAAGGAAAGAGACCGCCUUUCAAUCGUCACUUUCUACGCUCCAAGCUACGAAGUAGAGAUCGGUCCGAUGGCAGAACUAGUGGACAAGAACAAUCCAUGCAGAUACAGACGAUACAAUCAUGGAGAUUACAGUAAACAUUACGUGACUAACAAGUUACAAGGCAAGAGAACCCUAGAAUUCGCAAAGAUCGAACCGAAAACCUCUACUUAAAGAAUGGGAUCUAAUCGUGGUUACUGAUGUAACGACUGUUUAUCGACGUAACCUCAGGUUGUAAUUUGCAAUAUAUUUAGCUUUUGUCAUUGAUGACUGCACUGUUGUGGUGUAAGUCAGUUUGGUGUAAGCAUAUCUAUGAGUAAAUGGAAAAUUGUGCGUUUUAUGUCA